AAAGUAAUAAUUAAUAACAUUGCAGCAUUUGCAAUUGCACAUGGAGACAAAGCUGAAAUAAUUAUAGACAUCUAUGAAAAAUAUUUCUCUCGAAUUUCAUCGGGCAUUAUAUACUGCCAUUGUUAUAUGUGCUGGAUUCAAUAACGAAGAACGAUAAAAUUGGAACAUUCAUCAAUGAAAUUGAAUCGCGAAUAGUUCAGAUUUCUAUUAAUGUGUCCAAUAACGUAACUUUAUUUAUAUAAUGAAAUAAAAUUGAAAAAUAAUUGUGGGUUCAUUAAGGUUGACGAACAAACGAGGGAAUCAUUAUACAUGGAAUUGCAAUUUAAUUCAAAAGACCCUCUAUGAAUUAGAUCAUGAAAUAAAUUUGCUAGAUAAUAAUUGGCCGAUCACUGCGAUCUCCCAACUAGAGAAUUUCGAAAUAUUGUUUCUUCAAAAUAUAAUUUUUUUUUGUUUUAAAUUCUUAUAUUACAAUGUAUAUAUAUGCAAAUCAAAGAAUAACUCCAGACCUUGGAAACGACGUAGAAGGGAAUAUGGAGGAAAUAAAUACUUCUUACACUGAAAAUGCAUCUCAACCUGAUUCGUAUGAACCAGAUUCGUCUGAAUCACAAUCGUCCGAAUCACAUUCGUCUGAAUCAGAUUCGUCUCAACUAGAUUCAUUUGAAACCUAUAUGUCUGAGCCAGAUAAAAAUGAACCCGAUUCAUUUCAAAAUAUGAAAUCCAAAGCCAUAAACCCUUUCACUACUUAUAAUCGACGCAAUUGCCUCAAUGCUUUGGUCUUAGUAGCUGAAGGAGUUUAUCAAUUCAUUUCAAUGAUUUCGGAAGCACAACCCAUACCCCGUGGAGCAAACAGAACAUAUCUCGCUGACAGAAACUACAAAGGACGCUUUACAACAUCUUUCGAAGACCUUUUGUAAUGCGAACCAAGUUUAAGGAAAAUUUUCAUAUGGAUUCAGAAACAUUUAGUCUAUUAGAGAUUGUUGAAAAGAAACUCGUACCCAAAGUAAAACCCAUGCUAAGGAUGGAAUUUCCCAAAGGAAAAAUUGGCCAUAGUGCUUGAUUCUCAUACUCGGGUUGUGGUUUUCUAAUUUGCCACGACGCCACUACCUUUUAAUCGCGCGUAUUUGGUUGAUUUGACACAUUACUAUAUAAGCGACGUUCAUACCCGUUCCCCUUAUCAGUCUUUCGGUCAGUUGUGAGGAAACACCAAUUAUAGAGUACCUGGAAUCAAUCUAUAGUUUCAUACUAUCCAUUUAAACAGCGCAAACACAAGCAAUACUAAUACCCAGCAACUUAAAAAUUUAGAAGCCUUUACAAUUUAAGCGUCACCAACAAAAAAUAUGUCCAUUGCACCUGUUAUAGUAGAGGCUACGGCCAAGCAUACUGCAACGUUGAUAUUUAUGCAUGGUCUAGGCGACACCGGACAUGGCUGGAGCAGUGCUUUGGCUGCCAUUCGGCCAGCUUGCAUGAAGGUGGUGUGUCCCACAGCUCCCACACAACCGGUUUCGUUAAACGCUGGUUUUCGUAUGCCCUCAUGGUUUGAUCUAAAAACAUUGGAUAUCUCAGGACCCGAAGAUGAGGAGGGCAUUAAAGCAGCCUCUGCCAAUAUACAUACCAUGAUCAAUACAGAGAUCGAAAAAGGAGUACCAGCAGAACGUAUUGUCUUGGGCGGUUUCUCACAAGGUGGAGCUUUAGCCUUGUAUUCCGCGUUGACCUACAGCAAACCAUUGGCAGGUGUUGUGGCAUUAUCCUGUUGGUUGCCUUUGCAUAAACAAUUUCCGGGUUUGAAGAAAAAUUCCGAUGAGAUACCGAUAUUCCAAUGUCAUGGUGAUUUUGAUCCAGUGGUCCCCUACAAAUUUGGUCAAAUGAGUGCUAGCUUUUUGAAAAAUUUUAUGAAAAAUGUUACUUUUAAAACCUAUAACGGUCUAUCACAUUCAUCAUCAGACGAGGAAAUGGAUGAUAUGAAGGAUAUUCUUGCAAAAUGGACCAAUGAUUAUAGUAAUGUAACCCCUCGUAAACGUUCCACGGCCUCAAAUGUGGAACAAUGUUGCCAUAUUUUAUAGUUCUCACAAUGCAUUUCACUACUACCAGACGUGUAAUAAUCGAACUGAUUCACAAUGUACUGAAACUCUGAUACAUGCCUGCCCUCUUCCUCUCCUGCUCGAUCGCUAUCUCUCAUGUUAUCUAGUGAAAUUUCUUGUUAUUUUGUUAUAUCCAUCCUCUCCUUUAUA